UAUGACCAUCAAGUGAAGCAUUGCUGCUACUGCAUGACUAUGUGGCUUAUACGUCUCAUCUGUCUCUCAUAGGUAUUAAUGAUCAUUUAAGCAUGGAAUCUUCUGUUGUUGUUGCAGACCAGCUUCUUUUUAAUGAAUCUGCAAAUGUGCCUGACAUAACGGCAGUGACUAUUUCAUAUCUAUUGUGUAUAUUUGGUGGCUCUUUGUCAGUUCUCAUAAUAUGCGGAAACCUUCUUGUCAUAAUCUCCAUUGUUUACUUCAAACAGCUCCACACUCCUACAAACUUCCUGAUGCUCUCUCUGGCUGUGGCUGACCUGCUAGUUGGACUUUUAGUUGUGCCUUUCAGUGUUGUGCUCUUUGUCAGCUCAUAUCAGCAUCUGCAUGGUUUACUUUGUAAGGUACGAGGCACUUUAGAUGUAAUACUGUGCAGUUCUUCCAUUUGGAGCUUGUGCUGCAUUUCUCUUGACAGAUAUUAUGCAGUGUGUCAGCCUCUGAGAUACAGAACUAAAAUAACUGUCCGUGUCGUUUGGAUCAUGAUUCUGGUGUCCUGGACUAUUGCCGCUCUAAAUGGAAUUGUUUUCACUCUAAAGGCCCCGGACAAAGGACAGAAAAAUAAGUGCGCUGCAUUUCAAGCUAAAACACAGGGUACAGUAGUUGCAUCGGUUCUGUUUACGUUUGGCUUCCCAGCUGUAACAAUGUUUUCAAUCUACCUUAAGAUUUUGAUGGUGGCACAUAAACAGGCACGCAGCAUCCUAAGCAUGGAUAAAUCUGCUGCAGCUGUCAGUAAAGUGGAGAGAAAGGCGACUAAAACUCUGGCUAUUGUGGUGGGGGUUUUUCUCAUGAGUUGGACGCCUUACUUUCUGUCCAUCAGCCUUCAUCCUGUGACUAAUUAUACAAUACCACUUCAUGUACUUCAGUCAUUUAAGUGGCUUGGAUGGUCAAAUUCAAUGUUCAAUCCAUUUGUUUAUGCUUUCUUUUACAGCUGGUUUCGAUCAGCUUUUAAGAUGAUCAUUACAGGGAAAAUAUUUACAGAUGAUUUUUCUAAUUCUAAACUCUUUUGAUUCACUGACAUGAGUAAACAGAUCUUGCAUUAUGAAUGAUUACAUUUUAUCUCACUUCUCUGUAUUCAUUUUAUAUAUUUAUAUACAUAUUUUACAUUGUGCUAUGCAAAUUGUCUGUUUUUGCAAUGCAGAAAACACCUUGACAAGUACAUAAUAUGUAAUGGGAUAUAUGUCUUUAAAACAUUCUAUACAAAAAUCUAUAAACCAAAUAUUUAUUUAUGUUACUGUGUAUUUUUCUGCACACACUGCAUUUUGUAAACUGAAUAAUAGAUUUUCACUGUCAAUGUUACUACCGGUAGUUGUCCAUGAUCUUUUCUCAGGAGGGUUCUGCAUGGCGCUACAUGCAAGCCAAGCUUCAAACAAAAUGAAUAAAUGAAUAUAAAAUUA